AUACUUGUGGAAUUUUCCCCGAGCGGAAGGGGGAAAAUGCUUCGAGGCGACUGAAGCGGCGGCGGGUCGGAGUGGGCGGCGGCGGCGCGACCUACCCGGAGGAGGAGGGCGUUCCAGCUUCCACGGCCUGCCACGGAUCCCCAUCCCUCUCCUCCGCCGCCUCACUCCGGAGAAGCGGAAGCUGCCGGCGUCGAGAUCUCCAGGUUGGCUGGAUAUGGAUCUAAUUCUUCCAUUUAAAAUUGGAGAUUUUGCCGAGGCAAAGUGCUUUGAUGAAGGUUUCAAAGGCGCAUGGUUUCGCUCCAAGAUAAAAGAUAUGCGUGUCACAGAAUCUGGGCAUCUUGAGUAUUACUUGGAGUAUAUUGACUAUACUGAAGAAGCCAACGAAUGGAUUGGAGUCUUCCAAAAGAACCCAUUCAACCAGGCAUGCCUGGAAGGGAAAUCAAAUGGCAGUACUGAAAUAAUGUUGCGUCCUUCCUUUCCUCGGUGGUAUAGGGGGCAACAAGCUCCUAAGCACUUUCCGAAGAGCGAGGUGAUAGCACGUGUCCAUGAUACCUGGAAAGUAGGUGAUUGGGUUGACUGGCAUAAUAAAGAUUGCUACUGGACUGGGCAGAUUAUUGAGCUGACCAGUAAAAAUGUGGUUGAGGUAAAAUUCUUGGACCAUCCCAUGGGUGAAGGCCAGCAGUGUCUUGCUAAGAAAAAGGACCUGAGGCCUGCGCUUGAUUGGUCCAUCAUUAAAGGCUGGACUGUACCUCUUUCGGCCGCAAAAGGGAAAAGCUGGCAAGCUGCUCAUCUGGUUCAUCCUAAAUCUGAUGUAGAAGAGAGGAGCAGCACAGAUGAAGAUGAAGCGCUGGGAUCUUCAUCAACUGUCAAAACACAUUCGUCGGACAGAAACAUCGUAUCUAAGCUAAGAAAUCAGAGGAUGGCGACACACGAAUCAUCAGACCCCAGUCGACGGCGUACCCGCAGUUCCUGUGGGCUACUGAUAUCUCCAUCGGAGCCUGCCACCGUCGAACCGAAUGGAAGCGGUUCCCGCCGGUACCCCUUUCGGGUCCGGAGGAACGCAGCGGAACAGCAGAGAUGAAGCUGGUAACGCCGCACACUUGAUGACCCCCACGGGGGUUUACGAGCAUUAUGGGAUAUACUUAGUGAUAUAUACCACAUGAGCUCUAUAUACAUCGAAAAUGGCCGAUCGCUGUCUUUGCGGAAUCGGCCACAUAGGCAUCUGGGCCAUGAUCCAUUGACUGGCUGUUACUUGGCAGGAGUUGCAUACUUAAGGCUGGUUGUUACUUGGGCUUGCGUUGUCUCAUGUGGUUCUGAACCUCUGGGUCCGAAUCAGACUGAACAAAUGCUAAGCCCCGUGAUGAAAAAGGAAAAAAAUAUACUUCUGUUUUUUUUACAGAACUGACACAAGUAUUAAACGAGCAAAUGGUACAGAAUCA